AUGGUCGACCUCGUCGGCGAGCUCGACGCGUGCGCCGGGUCCUCGCGGCAUCCGCAGGGUGGUGGACGUGGGCUGCGGGCAGGGCGUGCUGACCGAGAGAUCCACGCGCGCCUGGGGGUGGAGUGCCUCGGCCUGGACGUGGACCCGGCCGCGGUGGGCAGGGCGCAGCGGGCGGCCGGGGCGUCCGUGCUCGCGGACGCUGGUGGUCCCGCAGGACUCUCCUUCGCCGCCUGCGACGUCCGCAGCGGGGCCGCGCUGGCCGCGCAGCUGCGCCCGGGGGACCUGGUCGUCGGCCUGCACCCGUGCGGGAGCCUCGGGGAGCGCGUGGUGUCGGCGCUGCAGGCGGCGGCGGGCGACGACGCCGUCACCACCCGCGCCCGCCGUGCGCCGCAGGCGGCGGCGGGAGCGCGUGGUCCUCUGCCCUCCCCGGGCGCCGUGGUGUCCUGCUGCCUGCACGGGAAGCCCGAGGCGCCUGUGGAGGACCCCAGCCGCCGUGUUCCGCGCUGGGCGCAGAGCUCGGCCUGGCGCUGCCGAGGGCGGCGCUAA